AUGUCCAUAAUUUACAGACUAUUUAGCAUCAGACAUCAAGUAGAACAAAAGGAGACAGCGGACGUUACGUCUUAUGAUAACGAGAGUCCCACUCAGAGUAGCACCGAGAACCACCUGCCAUCCCUUUCAGCACAUGCCUCACCAACCGACCCUAUUGAUAAAACUCACAAAAGCGACGAAUCUAGCAAGAGUGACGAAUCCAGUAAGAGUGACGAAUCUAGCAAGAGUGACGAAUCUAGCAAGAGUGACGAAUCCAGCAAGAGUGACGAAUCUAGCAAGAGUGACGAAUCCAGCGAGAGCGACGAAUCUAGCGAGAUCGACGAGUCUAGCGAGGUCGACGAAUCCAGCAACAAUAACGAAUCUACAAAGGUCAAAGGGAAAUCCUAA